AGGUUGAAACUUGAAACGCGGCAUAUGAGAAUGAGAAACGAGAAUUCUCCAGUUCAGCUAAACAGCUUCAGCUGUUCAGUCAGCUCGAGGCUCGAGCCAUAGUGCCAACGGAGUAAGGUAGUUAGUGAAACCAGUUCGCGGAUCGAAAUCGUAGCUUCUUCCAUUCAUCAAAAUUGCUCCCCCAAAUUCAACUGUCAAACCGAGACAGACAAUCGAUCAUAAAGUGGCUCAAUUUUCGGCAAAACCUACCUCUUCCUUUGUUCUAACAGCAAACUCUAAUGAACGAAACGAAAAUGCAGGAACCUGAUGAUGGGUGCUCCAAAACGGUAUUACUGAACACCUUUGUCAUCAAAAGAAAAAGGUGCAGAGUGUACUUACAUCGGGGAACUCUCAUCUGGGAAACGGAAAGACCACCUUACAGUAAGUCUGCACGAUGGACCUUGCCUCUGACGGACGUGCUUUCAGCUUCUUAUGGAAACGAGUGGAUUUCCUCAAUGAAUAAUAUUAAGGAAAAAGAACCACCAACAACGCCGUCGUCACCAAAUGUGUCCUCGACAAGUUUUGUUUUGCAUUAUGCAUCCACUGGACCAAAAAGUGUAUGGAGACAUCACAGUGUCACUAUGAGACAUACUGAUCCUAGACAAAUUGCUUCAUGGGUGAAGACAAUCCGAAACUGCUUAAAUGGUUUUACUCAUAGGCCAAGAAAAGUUCUCGUUUUCGUUAACCCUUAUGGUGGGAAAAAGAAGGGCCUUAUAAUUUGGGAAAAGAAGGUUCAACCCUUGAUGGUAAUUGCAGGAAUUGAAACUAAAUUAAUAGUCACUGAAAGAGCAGGACACAUUCGAGACACACUCCUCACAAUCAGUUUGGACGACAUUGAUUCAGUGAUAUGUAUCGGAGGAGAUGGCACUUUCGCAGAAGUCUUCAAUGGACUUGUUCUGAGGGCUGCCAAGGAUCAGGAAAUUGAUGCCGAUGAUCCUAAGGCUAUUUUGCCACCGCCAGUAUUGCCUGUAGGUGUCAUUCCUGGCGGAAGUACUGACACAGUCGCCUACAGUUUGCAUGGAACGACCGACGUACAAACCGCAGCGAUUCAUAUUAUUUUUGGAGACACUGCUGGUUUAGAUCUCUCAUCCGUUCAUAGUAAUAAUUCCUUGCUCAGGUUAUACGCCAGCGUAGUUAGUUACGGCUAUUUAGGUGAUGUGAUGCUAGACAGUGAAAAAUUCCGAUGGAUGGGACCUCAGAGAUACGAUUAUUCUGGUUUCAAAAAAAUAAUCGCGAACAAAGGAUAUGAAGGGGAAAUAGAGCUUUUAUCAGACCCGUGUCAUCCGGCAGCAAGUACUAAAUGCAUGCAGAACUGCACUCGGUGUAUUCAGCACAUGCACAAAAGUAUUCCAGACCAGGAGAUUACUAGAUGGCUCACAGUAACAGGAAAAUUCUUUAUGGUAAAUGGUGCAAAUCUUUCAUGCGCAUGUUCUAGAAGUCCGAUGGGUUUCAGUCCACAUUGUCAUAUUGGAGACGGUUGUGUGGAUGUUAUUGUCAUCAGACACACAUCUUUUAUCAACAAUAUUAAAUUGCUUCUGAGGCUUAGCAGUAAGGACAAAAAUUUGUACGAUUUACCGUUCGUCGAAGUUUAUAGAGCCAGAGAAUUCACGUUCAAGGCAGCCCCUACUUCAAAUUACUCUGAAAAUGGAAAUAGCAUUUCAAUGAACUCCGGAUUAAGUGUUUGGAAUUGCGACGGCGAAGUGAUUCAAGUUCCAAACGUGAAGAUAAGGGUACAUUGCCAACUGCUGAAAGUAUAUACAAGGCGAAUCCAGGAACCAAUAAAAGAGCCGAGCUGCUUUUGCUCGUCCUGAAGAAUUGACAAGGGCAUUUAUACUAAAUGCAAUUCCUUCGUCUUGCCUUAAUUUGUUGUAUAUUAUUUUAUCCGAGAUUUCGAGAAAUCUCCAACGUGGCAAUUUUUAAAUUUUCUGAUUUGCUUUAGGUCAAACAUUCCACAAAACAAGUCUUUUGCACCGAGAAAAAGCCUCCUAUUUGGCUGUUUUUUAGGAUUAAAAAAACGAUUUAAGCCAAUAGGCAAACUGAUAUUUAUAUUGUUAAUGAGAAGAGAUUUAGACGCAGCGAGAAUUGUUACAAAUAUUAAAUAGCCAGAGGAAAGGGUUUUUGUGAUAAGUAAAAAAGAAUAGUUUAAACCGCCGAUUAAUAAUUUUCACGAAAAUUGGUUUAAUUUUGACCUAGGUUUAAAAUAAUAUAUCUCAAUUUAAGAAUCUCUAGGAAAAACUCAAGCUAUUUUUAUAUCCUUUCAUUCUGGCUAUGAUAUUUUAAAUACAGUAGAGAUUUUAAGUAUUGUAUUAUAAGAUAUCAACAUCAGACUUGAGUAUCUUUUGGCGCUGUACUUACAUUUUUAGAAGUAGUGGAAAAAAAUGAAAACUAGAACUGAGCUUUAAGAUAAACUUAAAAUGAAAAAUAAUUUUAAUUAAAAAAUGAGGAAAUAAUUUCAAGCUUUGUUACUGCACCUUCUUAAGAAAAAAAAAUGACUUCGAUAAAUAGCUAUCGAUUAAAGAUAUAUUUUUAUCGUAAAAAAUCAUUUCGGAAUAUUUCUAGAAUUUUGUGGUGCCGCAUUAAACAAACCUUUCUUUACACUCUAUUAUUGCUAUUGCAUAAAAAAAGUAUUUUCAACAGUAUAUUAUGAAGUUAUAAAAUUAUAUUUAAAAAAUGAGCUUGCGCUCUUAUCAAUAUAAGGGUUGAAAAAUAAGAUUUUAGAGGUCCAAGGUGCAUUUAUAUUAUGUAUUGUACGAGUUGUGGAAUUAAUUUUGCUCAUUCUUUUUAGUAUUUUUGAUUUUUGCGGAGGAUUUAUACGAAUAGUUUAUAUUUAAUUUAAUGAAUUAUUAUAAUUAAUUUAAGAGAGUGAAGAAGUCGAUUGAAUUGUACAUAAAGAUAUUAUUAUGGAAGAAGACGGAUAUUUGUGAUGAAUUCAUUUUGAAUAUUGUAGAUAUGUAUUUCUAGAGAAUUUUUUUUAAAGCAGCUCAAAUUGAAGGUCUUAUAUGGAUUAUAGAAGUGAAUAAAAAAUAAAUUUGCUAUG